AUGGAUUCCAAGAAUCAUAGCGAGAAGAAAUCAUCGAACGCUAGUCUUUUGUCGGACGCCAAGGUGGUUGCGGAGGCGGCUCGGGCCCAGUUCGGCAGCCACCCCGGGAAGUACGACAAGGCGAAGGCGGCCGGGUCGGCCGCCCACCUCCUCGACGCUGCGUCUGAGUAUGGGAAACUAGACGAGACCAAGGGAGUGGGCAAGUACGUUCAGCAAGCCGAGGACUAUCUGCGCCGCUACAGCCAUCAUCAGCCUUCCGAGAAGCCGGGUGAGCCCGUUGGCAAGCCGUCGCACGCCGCCGCCGAGUCCCAAGGCGGAUAUGGUGAUCUGGUGAAGGCUGCCGCCGGUUUCUUUAACAAAUAG